AUGGCCAGCAGGCUUUGCAAAGCAGAGGCCCCCUACGAGCUGUCUCAGAUCGCAGUCAAUGCCCUGCGGGACCCAGACGUGCGGCUGGAGCUGCACGUCGUGCCAUUCUCGCAUUAUUGCACGCGCGCGCGCUGGGCGCUCGCCGCGUCCGGCCUGGACUACUCAGAGGUGACGUACCUACCUGUGGAGCACAUGCGCGGCAUGGCGCGCGUGCUGGCAAGCUUUUGUCCGCACCUGUCGGCGGGGCACCUCACCAGGCCCCCCUCCCUCAUCAUCCCCUCCACGCCGGACGUGCAGCGCCGCUUCAAGGCAGAGCGCUGCACAAAGACUGCAUCGAGCCAGUCGCCCUACUCCGUCCCGGCGCUGGCCGUGUAUGGCGCCAAGGGGCAGCCCCUUUUCCUCCUGCGGAACAGCGCCCUCAUCGCCCGCUGGGCCGCCCUGCGAGCCGCCGCGCGCGGCGCCCCGCCCUCCGCCCUCCUGUACGGCCCCAGCCUGGAAGUGGCCAGCGCCGGCGCCGACAAGACGGGGACCGCCGAGGGCGAUGGGAAGUUUCUGGUGGCAGGCGGCGACAAUUACUACAGAUCUGUGUCUGAGAUGGAGCUGCGGCUGUCAAACGGUGUUGGCAUUGAGGUCCGGCGCCUCAUCUACUUCUACCUGCUGCCCUCUACGCUCCUGGGCGCCAACUUGUUCCGCCGCAACGCCCGCGGGCCCCUUGGCUGCACGCUCUGGUGGUUCUGGUACUUCGUAGCGCGCGUCAUGAUACCAAAAUUCUUGAAGAUCAACGCCACGACAGCGGCUCGCGGGCUGCAGCUGUUGAUGUCAGAGUUUGACUACUUCGACGCACUCAUCGCAAAGCGCGAGGCGGAGGUCGCUGCGGACGCCGGCGGCGGCGGCAACGGGGUCAGCAGCGGGGCCAGCGGGACUGUCGGCGCAGUCGCGGGCGCGCCGGCCAAAGCGCCGCUGCCGUUCUACCUUUGCGGCUCCGUCCUGAGCGCCGCUGACGUGUCGCUCGCGACGCUGGCGGGCCCGCUGGUGCAGCUGCCGCCCGGGUGCGACGCCGGCCGCUACUACCUGCCGCCGCCCGCGCAGCUGCCGGCCCCCCUGCGUGAUGUGGUGGCGGCGCUGACAGUGCGGCCCACGGGCCAGUACAUAAUCCGGCUGUGGGAGGCGCACGGGAUCGCUCUGAUGGCCGCGGGCACCAGCGGCGGUGGAGGUGUCGCGGCUCACAAGCCGGCCAGCCGUCUGUGA